AGAAACUAACUAAUUAAGGAAAUUCAGGAGAAAAACAACAGAGAGAAAGCAGCAAAGCUUCACAAGUAGCGAUCAAAGAAAAAACAAUGAAGCAUCUUCAAAAUAUUUCCAAAGAGAAGAAUGGCGGGUUUGAGAAUGAUGACGAGAACUAUAAUGCUGCAAUGCCGGUGAGCCCUAUGGCGCAUUAUUUCAACAGCUCUGCGCUAAAUGUGUUUGUUCUCUGCGUUUUGGAGAGCGAGAUUCCAAUAGACGACUCAAAGGCCAUGCAACUUCUUGAAGGCUUGCUUCUCCCCCUCAACCCACGCUUCUCUUCUAUCAUGAUCGAAGGGAAGAAAGGAAAGAAGCAAUGGAAGCCGGUUGAAGUGAAUCUUAAAGAACACAUCAAGGUUCCAAUAUUUCCAAGAUCCAACAACCCAGCCAAACUAUAUGAUGAUGAUUUUGAUGAAUAUCUAACAAAAAUAGCUGGUCAAGAAUUUCCACAAGAUAAACCACUUUGGGAAGUACAUAUAAUUAAGUAUCCAACAAGAAAUUCUAAGGGUGUUUUGGUUUUCAAGAUGCACCAUGCUCUUGGAGAUGGAUACACCCUAAUGGCCUCGUUGCUCUCAUGUGUACAAAGAGCAGAUGACCCUUCAAUUCCCAUAACCUUUCCUUCAAGCAAAAAAUCAGCGGAAUUAGAUGAUGAUGGCAAGAUCAGUUGUUGCCAUUUUUUAAAUUCAUGUCCCAGCAUAAAUGAUGUCCUAGUGGGCAUGAUUUUCCUUAGCAUUCGGUUAUACAUGGAAGCAAAGAAUGAGGAAUCAAGCAAAGCAGAUGCAACAGGAUUAGUGCUGCUUAAUACAAGAAGAAUUAGAGCUUACAAGUCAGUGAAGGAGAUGCUUGAUACUAAAACCAAUUCAGGGGCUUCAUGGGGAAAUCAAUUUCAAUUCAUGCACCUUCCUAUUCCCAAAAUGAGUGACCAUUCCAAUUCAUUAAUAAACCCUCUUGAAUUUGUUUUGUCAGCCAACAAAAUUAUCAAUAGCUUGAGAAAUUCUCUGGCAAUACCACUCAAUGGUGUGCUUUUAGGCUUGGUUGAUAAAAUCAAAGGCCCAGAGGUUGCGGCAAAAUAUGUGCACAAAACAUUGGCAAAUUCAAGCCUUAGCAUCUCACACAUGGUUGGACCAGUUGAAAAAGUGGCUAUUGAUAAUCAUCCCGUCAAAGGUUUUUACUUUAUGACUGUUGGUUUACGUCAGAGUCUCACGGUGACAAUAUUAAGUUACAUGGGGUAUUUACGCAUUGGAUUUGGAGUGGAAAAAGAUUGGAUAGAUGUACACCAUUUGAUUUCGUGUUUCGAGACUGCCCAAGAAAUGAUUCUGAAUGCUGCAAAUAAAAUAUAAUCAUGUUUUUUCAGCAAAG